AUGGCCGACAAGGAGGCAAUUGAUAACUGCCAUGAGACGCAGUCCAAUAAAUCGUGCUCCGGUAAUACACCUCCCGAUCGUCUAAUUGACCUGCCUUUAACUCCUCCCGCCACGAUCGAACCACACCUGCCGUCCAUCGACGCGUCUGGCCCCUUUCUUCGUUUGCUUGAAUCACGCAGCGAUCGAGCAAAAACUGUCGACUCUGAGGGUUGGGUCGAAGUCUCUCUCGAUCAGAAGCAAUACGUCUCAUUGCGUGGAAGCAUCGAGCGGUCGUUUAAGCGAUUCGAUUACGACCCAAAUCACGGUCUCCUCAUUCUCCGUAUACCUUCGCCUGUUCACGACUUCUUUGCGAAUAUCCUAGCCGACGACGUGCAAGACCGGCUUAACGACAUUGCCAAAGAGGGAGGUGAAGCAGGCGCCUUCGCGUCAAGAAUUAAGAGCGGAGGGUCGUCUACCAUUCUUUUAUUAGAAGGGGAUUCCGAAUUCUUUAAAAAUAUUCGUCGUGAGCCUGACGCCCAGUUUCGUCACCCUCGUGCCUAUUAUCCCGGUGUUGUGGUAGAGGUAUCCUACUCGCAGGAAGGCAAGAGUCUACGAAAACUUGCCCAGGACUACAUUCUCUACUCUAAUGGAGAUAUUAAAGCCGUUAUUGGCGUUAACAUUAACUAUAAAGGGAAACAAUGCACUGUUUCAGUAUGGCGUCCAGAAUAUACAAGGUCAGAGGAUGGGAAUAUUGACGAACUAGGAUUUACAGCAGUCCUAUCACAAGAGGUACGUAGAAACAUAUCUAUAGAGCAGGACGAGGCUGACCAAGCAGACAUUUCGCUCCUUCGACGGAUCCUUAUGUAA